AUGAGAAGAUUCAAACAACUAGAACGAAAAUUUGAGAAAGACGAAGAAUUCAAAACUGAAUACACCAAGGUUAUUGAAGAAUAUUCAACAUUGAAGCACAUGGAAGAAGUUCCAGAGACCGAAAUAGAAAACUCGUCGGUAUAUCUACCACAUCAUGCAGUGAUUAGGACUGACAAGGACACGUCCAAGGUUAGAGCUGUUUUUGACGCUUCAUCUAAAGGCACGAACAACAUUUCACUUAAUGAAGAGUUACUGGUGGGUCCACAGCUUCAAGAAGAUUUAAGGAACAUAAUCAUGAGAUGGCGUAUGAAGAAAAUCUGCUUCGUUGCAGACAUACAGAAAAUGUAUCGCCAAAUUUUAGUUACAAAAGAAGAUGCAGAUCUGCAACGUAUACUUUGGCGUAAAUGUGCAGCAGACCCUAUAAAAGACUACCGACUGCUGCGUGUCACGUUUGGUACAGCAUCUGCACCCUACUUAGCUGUUAAAACGCUACAAAGGGUCGCAGAAGACGAGGGACAGCAGCAUCCAGUAGCUACGAAAACAAUCAAAGAAGAUUUCUACAUGGAUGACCUCAUGUCGGGUCAAGAUAAUGAAGAAGACGCUAUAGAUGUUGCAAAAAAUGUUCAAAUGAUCCUGAAAAACGGAGGAUUUGAUUUGCAGAAAUGGUCGUCUAAUAGCACCAGCUUCCUAAAACAAUUUUCCCAGGAGGAGAGAAACAGUAACGUAAACAUGGAUAUCAACCUGGAUGGAACAGUACGUGCCCUGGGAAUCACUUGGAACAUGGGUGAUGACAGUUUUAAGUACAAAAUUGAACUUCCCGAGCAGCCUAUCACUAUUACAAAGAGAAACAUACUAGCAGAAACGCAAAAACUGUUUGAUCCUUUAGGAUGGCUGGCACCAAGCAUAGUUCAGGCCAAGAUGAUUAUCCAGAAACUUUGGUUACACCGAUCAAGCUGGGAUGAUGAAGUUGAACCUGAAAUAAAAGAAGAAUGGUUAAACAUAAGACACAAUUUUGAAAACUUGAAGGACAUCAAAAUACCAAGAUGGCUGCACACAACAAAUCAAAGACUGGACAAAACUACAAUACAUGGAUUUUCUGAUGCAUCUACAAAAGCUUAUGCCGCCGUCGCGUAUUUAAGAGUAGAAACUGAAGAAGGUGAAAUUGAGACGAACCUUAUAGCUGCCAAAGUUCGCGUAAGUCCAGUGAAGCCCGUCUCAUUGCCCCGAUUAGAAUUGUGUGGCGCUGCCCUACUAGCAAAGCUGCUUAAACAAGUUAGAGAAGCCAUGAGAAUACCUGAAAGUCAAGUGGUGGCAUGGACUGACUCAACAAUAGUUUUGUCAUGGUUAAGAGGAGACCCUAACCGCUGGCAGACCUUCGUCAGGAAUCGCGUGGUGUCCAUACUGGAUGACAUUGGUGCUACGGACAGUCCCCUGUGCCGAGGGUGCAUGGAGACAGAGGAAACAGCUGCUCACGUGGUGCUGGAGUGCAGCGGGGAGGCUCCAUACAGAGCAAAAUAUCUCGGAUCUCCGAGAGACCUCCCCGAGGUCCUACUCAACAUCAAGGAUCUGGUAGGAUUUCUCGAGGAGUUGGAAUGGCAGGAGUAG